CACCGCUCCGGAGGAAUAUCCCAGCCUGCUCCAAAGUGCAGCUGGGCAGCCGGGGCAGGACGGAGCCAGCCCACAGCGCUGGGAGAGCUGAGGAUUCGGGAAGUUUUUGUGUCCGGCUGCCACGCUCCCGCUCGCCUGCGCUGCUCCAGUGGAUGAAUCGCCCGGGAUGGGGUCCCCGCACUGGAAAAGGCUCUGCCUUUUGCUCCUGGCCGGUUUAACAUCCUCCCUGCUCCUCUACAGCCACUACCACGCUACGGUGGAGGCGCCCACCAGCCAGAGGAUCAUAGCCAGUUUGCUGCAGCCAGAGCCGCUGGUCCUGGCUUCCUCAGGGACACCACACGGAGCCGGCAGCCACAGGUGGGCUCUUGGAGACAGCUCAGAGAGUGGGAAUUCCUUCAAGCCUUCUGGAGAGCUGGAGGAGCUGGAACCCAGCAGAAAGCAGCCCAGCCCCUGCCUCCACUCAGUGAUGGCCAGAGCAAAGGCAGACCCCAAGUUUCGGGAAAUCUUCCGCUUCAACACCCCCGUGCUGAUGUGGGACCAGCACUUCACCCUGGAGACCUGGAACAGGCUGAAGGCACGACACGUCCCCUACGGCUGGCAAGGCUUGUCCCUCGCAGUGGUGGGCAGCACCCUCCGGCUCCUCAACGCCUCGGCCAACCGGCACCUCUUCGACAGGGCCACCUUCUCCGGGGGCUGUGUCCGCUGUGCCGUGGUGGGCAACGGUGGCAUCCUCAAUGGCUCGCGGCAGGGCAAGGCCAUCGACAGCCACGACCUGGUCUUCAGGCUCAACGGUGCUGUGAUCAAAGGCUUCGAGGAGGAUGUCGGCACCAAGGUUUCCUUCUACGGCUUCACAGUGAACACCAUGAAGAACUCCCUCAUCUCCUACGAGGAGUACGGCUUCACCCAAAUUCCCCAGGGCAAGGACCUGAAGUACAUCUUCAUCCCCUCGGAUGUCCGUGACUACGUCAUGCUGAAAUCGGCCAUCCAGGGCAGCCCAGUGCCCGAGGGCUCGGACAAGGGGGACGAGCCACAGAAGUAUUUUGGACCAGAGGCAUCUGCAGAGAAGUUCAAGCUGCUGCAUCCUGAUUUCUUGCAGUACCUGACAGCAAGGUUCCUGCGGUCGGAGAUCCUGAACACCCAGUACGGCUCCCUCUACAUGCCCAGCACCGGCGCCCUCAUGCUCCUCACCGCCCUCCACACCUGCGACCAGGUCAGCGCCUACGGGUUCAUCACGGCCAACUACGAGCAGUUCUCAGACCACUACUACGAGGUGGAGAAGAAACCUCUGGUGUUUUAUGCCAACCACGACAUGAUGCUGGAGGCAGCGCUGUGGAGGAGCCUGCACCGUGCAGGGAUCAUCACCCUCUACCAGCGCUGAGGCUGGGAGGUCGCUCACAGGGGCAGGUCCAAGGACACUUGUGGCUCUUCUCCUUUUUCCUGAGGGUCACCUUCUCUCUCCUGAGGGCUCUUCCCAGCUGGUCAGCCAGCCCACGGAGCAGACUUGCUGCACCACAGCCAGCAGUGAUGUGAGGAUAAUGGGGAAUCUGAAGCUGGUGGAGGAAUGUUGCAUUUCCUCAGGGAUCAGUGUGAUUGAAUGUGGCCUUUGGGGCAGCCAGAAGCACCACAGCACGUGGCUGUGCCCUGCCAGCCCCAGGAACAUGGCUAUGGGGCAGCAUGGCCCCUGUGGAGCACAGCAGGGCCAGGGUGGUGCUGGAAGAGGAUGCUGGAGGUACUGGAAAAUACCCUUCACCUUAAAUGCUCAUCACCAUGGUGGGACCACAGCAGGAGGGAUAAAUCCUUGCACUGGAGACCAGGUGACAGGAGCCCUCUAGAAGGACUGCAGCAAGUCCCAGCUGCAGCCAGCUAUGUGGAUGUGUGCCAUGUUCCAGAAGGAUCUAUCUGCCUCCCUGGUCAGUGGCACAGACAGCAGGACAGACACAGUGGCUCUGUCACUGUCCCCUUUUGAGCUCUGGUGUUUUCUGACAAGGGCUCACUCACAAGCCAUCAGCUGCGAGGGUCACGGCAGCUCAGCCAGGACAGCAGGAACACGUCCAGGCCCUGAGCAGCCCAGAGGUGACACUGACCUCAGCCCUCAGCCGUGUGUGUGGGACACUGGGGUUGUCAGCUUUCCACAGGGGCUCUGGUGCCCUCUGAGAGGCAGCCCCGCACCAGGUGGGUCAAAGUGAUGGUAACUCUUAAUUUCCUUCCCCAAACCCCAGGGGAGGGGAGGGUCAUGAACCCUUCAGCUGUCCCUCAUACACCAGCACUGCUCAGGGAGACCCACCUGGGGAGGCUUCUCCAGCUGCUGGGGGCUGGAGACAGAGCAGUGUAAUCCAAGACACUUUCCCACUUUGUGUAAUUACAUAAAUGUUGAAUGAUUGUUUUCCUUAA